AUGUCCUUUGCCAUUCUCAAUACCUGGAUCGCCCUCGCCGGUCCUCUCGGCCUUGUCAUCCCCUCUGGUGGAUCUACCUCAUAUCUUUAUGGCUUCUUCUCUUGCGUCAUCUGCAACUUCACAGUAGUUGCUAGUCUUGGUGAAAUAGCAGCCAUUUGGCCCAAGCUGGAGGCCAAUAUCACUGUGUCUAUGUUCUUUGCACUGAGAAAUGGAGAAGAAUCACGGUAUGACCAGAGCUUUGUUGCGGGCUGGAUCAACAUCACUGGAUGGCUAACUUUGGUUACCACAGAGGGGUUUUUCGCCGCCCAGUUCAUUUCCGCAGCGAGCGUAAUUGCCUCCGAUGGUAGGUAUGAACCUCGUCAGUGGGCAACGUACCUCAUCUUCCUCGCCAUCCUCUCGUUUGCAGCAGUUUCCAAUAUUUGGGGCAACAAGAACCUAGGAAGGUGGAAUGAUGCUGCUUUAUACUGGUCACUCUUAAGCGUCAUCAUCAUCAGCAUCGUGCUUCUCUCCCUUUCGAAAAAGACAAGUCCAGAGUUCGUCUUUACAAAUUUCCAGAAUGAGACAGGAUGGUCGAACGGAGUAGCAUGGAUUCUCGGCCUCCUUCAAUCCGCGCUCUCUCUGAUCGGGUUUGAUGCAGUCCUGCAUAUGACUGAAAAGAUGCUAAAUCCAAGGAAGGAUGCGCCCAGGGCCAUGAUGUACGCAAUUGGAGUUGGCGGCGCCACGGGAACUCUUUUCAUUCUCGUCAUGCUGUUCUGCCUUGACGAUCCUUCGAGCGCCAUGACCACCUCCACUGGCAUACCUAUUGUCGAGCUGAUAUUUCAAUCUACCGGGAGCCGCGUGGCGGGCUGCAUCAUGGGUAUUAUGCUUGGAAUCUGCUUUAUCAAUGGCACCAAUGCUUGCACAACCAGUGUCAGCAGGCUGAUGUUUGCCAUUGCGAGAGAUAACGGCAUCAUUUUCCAUGAGUACUUUGCUCAUAUUGACCCACGGCUUAACGUCCCUGUCCGAACCAUCUUGUUCUCUUUUGUUUUUAAUGCACUAUUUGGGCUUCUUCAUCUUGGGCCGGCGGUCGCAUUAAACGCUUUUAUUGCGUCUUGCACUAUUUUCCUCAAUGUCUCGUAUGCCCUUCCUGUUCUCGUACUUCUUUUGAGGGGUCGGCGGAUCCUGGCUCAAUACCAGUCUAGGGAGACCCCUUUUCAGCUUGGCUUCAAACGAGGGACCCUCAUCAAUUGGGUGACAGUCAUAUAUGUUACCUUUACAUCCGUGGUAGGCCUGAAUCUUGUGCCUGCCACCUGGGUAUUCCGUUGA